AUGGAAAAGGUGGUUCUGCCCAACGGUGAAGAGCGCGAGAUCGAGAUCAAGAACACACUAUUUGUUCCAAGUAUGAGCAACAACCUGCUUUCGGUGCCACAGAUCAACAGACAUGGCAAGUUUCAAGUCGUGUUUGACGGGUCCAAGAUGUAUGUGAUUCUCAAGAACUCACAGCAAGCGGUGGCGACAGCGGAUUUUGUGGAUGGACUUUACUGGCUUCGUACGACUCAGCGAUCACCAAAUGUGACAACAAAUGAAACCAGCUGUGCUGAUCUACAUGCGCGAAUGGGUCACACUCCAGUUGACGUACUUCGCAAGAUUAUCACGACCAACAUGAUCAAGGAUCGUAACUACUAUACGUUCGAGCUGCUUCAUCUGGACAUCUGUGGGAUCAUGGAAAUCGAAUCGCUCGGUGGCAGCAGAUAUCUGCUACUGAUCGUAGAAGAAGCCAGUGGAUGUAUGAAGGGCUUUUGUUUACGAGUGAAGUCCGAGAGUGAAGACUGCAUCCGGAAGUACAUCACUAUGAUACAGACGCAGUUCAGUAUGAAGCUCAAGUUUGUUCGACACGACGGAGUCCGCAAGUUUGCAACCAGGUCGCUGUGA